AUGUCGGCAAGCUUGAUUCCGUCCAAUCCGGCUGACCUAAUGGUCAUCCGCAAUGUGACACCCAAUAUUGUCACAUUCUCAGUGCCCUUUUCGCGUUUCGGCAGAAUCAAGAUUGGAGGUCGCGGCACACUUGUUAAACUCACAUCCGGCACCUCCGCCGUCUUCUCACCUGUGGCCCUUACAGAGGAAACCAAAGCUAAGGUCACAGAAUUUGGCGGCAACCUGGGCUAUAUCGUCGCUCUUGACUUUGAACACCACAUCUUCAUUUCCGAAUGGGCCAAGCAAUAUCCUAACGCCAAGAUUAUCGGUCCUGAGGGCCUUCCAGAGAAGCGCGCCAAGCAAACCAAUGAUCCCAAGAUCAAUGACGACAAGUUCGCCGUUAUUUUCAAAAAAGAGGGAAAGCGCGACGUCAAAAUCAGCGAGGAAUUUGACGCCGACUUCGACUACGAGUAUGUCGAUGGUCAUGCGAACAAGGAAAUUGUCUUCAACUACAAGCCGGACAAGGUUCUCAUCGAGGCUGAUCUCAUGUUCAAUUUGCCCGCUACAGAGCAGUACAGCAAGGUCCCUGAGUCGCAGAGGCCCGGCGGCCUUUUGGACAAGCUGUUCCAGGGAGCGCAGAGCACAUAUGGAGAGGCUAAAUGGGCUAAGCGGUUCAACUGGUAUCUGGCCAAGGAUCGCGCCAGCAUGAAUGACAGUCUGAAGGUUAUUGACAAGUGGGAUUUUACGACGCUUAUUCCCUGCCACGGAGAUGUCCUCGGGGGAAAUGGAAAGGAAAUGUUCAAAAAGGUGUUCCAGUGGAAUCUGGAAGGGAAGAUGUAA